ACUUGCGCGCUGAGUUUUUGGAGAGGGAGGAGGACCGCUGAGGGAACAGGAAGGCGAGCGGAGUGGAGAAACUGUUUUAAAUAGUAAAAAUAAGUACAGGACUCAUGAUGGCUUCGGGGGAUACGCUGUAUAUAGAGACAGACGGCUCGGAUAUGCCGGCGGAGAUAGUAGAACUUCACGAAAUAGAGGUAGAAACCAUAGACACAGACGAGCACCAGCCUAUGAUCGCCUUACAGCCUCUUGACACGGACGACCCGCACUCGAUUCACCCGCACCAAGAAGUGAUCCUGGUGCAGACGAGAGAGGAGGUGGUGGGCGAGGAUGACUCCGAACUGCACACAGACGAUGGAUAUGAAGAACAAAUACUCAUCCCGGUCCCCGCGGACGAGGACUAUAUCGAACAUACUCUGGUUACUAUUCCCGGAAAAAGCUCUUCGUCUGGCAGAACGAAGAAGGCUGGAGGAAGCAAGAAAGGGGGCAAAAAGAGCUACUUCAGUGCAGGGGAGAUGGGGAGAAAAUGGGAGCAGAAACAGGUUCAAAUAAAGACUUUGGAGGGGGAGUUCUCCGUAACUAUGUGGGCAUCUGAUGACAAAAAAGAUAUUGACCAUGAAGAACAAAUCUCAGGUGAAAAUUCUCCUCCAGAUUAUUCUGAAUACAUGACUGGGAAGAAACUCCCACCUGGGGGUAUCCCAGGCAUUGACCUGUCUGACCCCAAACAGCUGGCAGAGUUUGCACGAAUGAAGCCCAGAAAAGUAAAAGAAGAUGACUCUCCCAGGACAAUAGCAUGCCCACACAAAGGAUGUUCUAAAAUGUUCAGGGACAACUCUGCAAUGAGAAAGCACUUGCACACCCACGGGCCUCGUGUGCACGUGUGUGCAGAGUGUGGGAAAGCGUUUGUUGAGAGCUCCAAACUGAAGAGGCACCAGCUUGUACAUACAGGAGAGAAGCCUUUCCAGUGCACUUUUGAAGGCUGUGGUAAGAGAUUCUCACUGGACUUUAAUUUACGUACUCAUGUUCGUAUUCACACUGGAGAUCGGCCAUAUGUGUGCCCCUUCGACGGCUGCAACAAAAAGUUUGCCCAGUCAACAAACCUGAAGUCACACAUCCUGACACAUGCCAAAGCUAAGAACAACCAGUGACUGCUUCAGAGUGGGAACUAGUGGACAGCCCCCCCCUAGAGUCUGCACUCUAAACUGAGAGAUGAUCCUUUUCUCAGACAUUUUUAUGUACAGUAAGUUUGAUGGGCUGUGGAACCCUCACCCUCAGGUCUCCUCUGUGUUUGGCACUACCUGGGUUUAAAAAAAAAAAAUCUUCUUCUGAAGACCUCAAGGAUUGGCACCUAUACUUAUUUAUACUGUUUCACAUUUUGUAAGUCAAGUUGUAUUGAUCCUCAGCAAUGAUAUUUUCACUUUUGUACUUUUCCAGUGUGCAUAUUGUACACUGAUUGUGCUUAUGUAGUUAUUAUUUGAGUAGCUUCUCUUUGAAGAGGUUUGAGAUUUCUCUUGUGUUUCUGCUGAACAGGGUGGUUAGUUUUUUGUACAAUGCUGUAUCUAAAUCAUGUUAAUAAUCGCCAUGUGAUUUUUUUCCAUAGUAAUAAAAAUAUUUUCCCCUUAAA